GGCUGGGACGGGAAGUGGGCGGGGUCGACCGGGAGCCGCUCCAGGGGCGCCGAGUGGCGGAGUGGCAGAGUGAAGCCUGACUGGAAGCCCGGCAGAGGCGCCCCCCCGGGAUGCUCUGGGCAUGGCCUCUGGAGCCCCACAGCAGAGCAGCCAGAUGGCAGAGGAGACCCCUGGCUUCCUGGACGCAUUCCUCCGUGACUUCCCAGCCCCACUGAGCCCAGAGAGCCCUUUGCCAUGGAACGCCCCAGGGACAGUGCUGAGCCAGGAGGAGGUAGAGGGCGAGCUGGCCGAGCUGGCAGUGGGCUUCCUGAACAGCAGGAACGCUCCGCUACCACUUGCUUCAUCGCUAGCCCACGAGGCAGUUUCCCAGCUGCUGCAGAUGGACCUUUCUGAAUUCAGGAAGUUGCCCAGGCAGGAGGAGGAGGACGAUGAGGAAGAGGAGAAGGAGAAGGCCCCUGUGACCCUGCUGGAUGCCAAGGGCCUGGCGCACAGCUUCUUUAACCAGCUCUGGGAAGUAUGCAGCCAGUGGCAGAAGCAGGUGCCCUCAACUGCCUGGGCUCCACAGCAGCAGUGGCUGGUCUCCAUCCAUGCCAUCCGGAACACUCGCCGCAAGAUGGAGGACCGGCACGUGUGCCUUCCCACCUUCAACCAGCUCUUCGGCCUGUCUGGCCCUGUGGACCGUGCCUACUUUGCUGUGUUUGACGGUCACGGAGGGGUGGAUGCCGCAAAGUACGCCGCUGUGCAUGUACAUGCCAACACUGCCCGCCAGCCGGAGCUGCCCACAGACCCCGCAGGAGCCCUCAGAGAGGCUUUCCGGCACACCGAUGAGAUGUUCCUCUUGAAAGCCAAGCGAGAGCGGCUGCAGAGUGGCACCACGGGUGUGUGUGCGCUCAUCACAGGAAAGACCUUGCACAUCGCCUGGCUUGGGGACUCCCAGGUCAUCCUGGUGAAGCAAGGUCAGGUGGUGAAGCUGAUGGAGCCGCAUAAACCCGAGCAUCAGGAAGAGAAGGAGCGCAUCGAAGCGCUGGGUGGCUUCGUGUCUCACAUGGACUGCUGGAGAGUCAAUGGGACCCUGGCCGUCUCCAGAGCCAUUGGGGACAUCUUCCAGAAGCCCUAUGUUUCUGGGGAGGCGGAUGCGGCCUCCUGGGAGCUGACCGGCUCUGAGGACUACCUGCUGCUGGCCUGUGACGGCUUCUUCGAUGUUGUCCCUCACCAGGAGGUGCCUGGCCUCGUUCAGAGCCACCUGGUCAGGCAGCAGGGCAGCGGGCUGCAAGUCGCCGAGGAGCUGGUGGCUGCAGCCAGGGAGCGGGGCUCCCAUGACAACAUCACGGUCAUGGUAGUCUUCCUCAGGGAUCCCCAAGACCUACUGGAGGGUGAGGCCCAGGGGGCAAACGGGAAAAGCCGUGACUUGCCCUCUGACCUCUCAGAGCCAGAGAACAACACUCCACAGAGAAGCUAGGAGGCCCAGGCCCCGGCCCCCACCUCGUGACCCUCCCCCUCAGAUGCCUUAGGACCUGACAGGCAGCGGUGGGCAGGUGGGCACCACCCGAGCCAUGCUUUCCUCUGGGACCCCCAAGCCUCUCGUGCUGCUUGCAUCAUCAGCCCAUCCUGGUGGCUGCGGAACUGCAUUGGCGGUGGGUGUUACACCUUGCUCGUGACAGGCAGUGGGAUGGCCAGGUUCUCUGAAGGAAACCUCACCAAAGAGAAGAUGACCCAAAAACUGGACCAGCUCUUGCUCCCACAGGCGCUGGCUGCAGCCAGACCAAAGAUGCCGGCAGUGUGGGGGGGGGCAGCAGGACACUGCGUGUGGGACCCUCGUGCAGACCCAGAGCCAUGGGCAUUUGCAAGCAUGCCCUGGGCGCCCAGUACAGGUUUCUCAGCCAUUGCUCCUGGGCCGCAGCUGGGAGGGCUCGUGUCCACAGAUGCGCCUGGCAUUUUCCAAAGAGGGGAGAGAAUCUGGAGCUGGUCUGCGGUGCUCAACUGCCCGCUUCAUAGCAGCUGGGACAUAUGUGGCCCUGGCCUCCCUGGUCCCCUCUUGUCCCCCAAGCACGCAGGUAGGGGACGUGCAGAGAUGCCAUACCUGUUUGUGGUCUUUCUUUUUUCCCCAGGGAAAAGCCUAAUGUAGAAGCAGUAUUUCAGGUUUUUGUCUUUGUUCUGUCAGUGCCAAGGUAACCUGUUGUGUCAUAUAACUUAAGCAGAGCUUAGCAUUUAUUUUAUUUCUUAGAAAAAUUAAGUAUUGAUUUUUUUAGGGGACACUUGUUUUGCAGUAUUACUGAAUUUUUUUUCUUAAAUCAAGAUUGAAACAACCUUUCCAGGUAGUGUUUAUAAGCCAUUCAAGUGCCUUAAACAGCUUUAGGGAAGGCUAGAUCUGCCUGGCCUAUGGUGGGUUCUAAUAGUCAUGUUUCAGUUUUCACAAAAGUCGGACUUAUUUUGUUACAGAGGCAUGACUUGGGCUAGAAUUCUUCCUAGAAGAGGUCUUUCUGCCUCUUUGUGACACACUGUUGACAGUCAGCGUGGGCUGUGCCGUGUGACCUGGGCCACGCCCAGGGCUCUGGGAGUUCAGGGUCACUGGCCCCUGCCUACCUCCCACUCCCCUUGGCCCUGCUGCUCGGUGUCUGGCUGGACCCCAGGCUGAGGGCCUGAGCUCCAUGAGCAGACAAGGCCUUUCUGCUGUUUGCAGUGUUCCAGAAUGUCUUGUGUGUUGGUGGAUGAACUGGUUUCAUAGGGAAACACACAUAAGAGGCUCUGGCAAGUCCAAGGUAGCCUGUGGGACUGUUUCAAGGCAGUGGGGAUGCGGCUGGGAGUCUGUUCAACCUGCAGGGCCAAAGCCCUGUCUGCCCAUGGCUGGUGGGCUCUGAUGCCUUGCUCUGCCCCCAGCCUGACUGCCUGUGAAAGAGCUCAUGUCCCCUAGUGCCCUGGGAAGGUGAAACUCAGGUGACUACAUUUGUUCACAUUGAAUGGAGCAGAUAAAACUCCUGUGUGGCGUUGAAAGUGGCAGAGCUGGGUGGGGGCUCCAGGUAGAGGUCAGGCCCCAGGUGAGAGGGGUCUCUGGCGGGAGGACCAGGGCUCACAGUGGGGCAGGGCUGCUGCAGGCAGAGGCUGACAGGUCUGGGCAGGGCAGUGGGGGGCUUAAUGGAGGCUUCAGGAGAAGGGGGAGGGGGCUGGGCAGUGGGAGGGAGCUUGGUGCCAGGUCCUUGAAGUCCUGUGGAGGCAUUCAGAGUCCACCUGUAAUAGAAGGUCCCCAGGAAGGUCUGCCCAGGGAGCCCCCUGAUCCCAGUGGCACUUGAGGGCAGCCUGGGACAAGGGAGGAUGGUGAGAGCUGCCUCUCCUGAGGUGGGUGGGCUGUCCAGCAGGAAGGCAGGGAGCCAUGGGCCACUGCCUGCAGGCUCCACAUUUACCCCAGUCCCACAGCAGGAUGAAGAUGCUGAGGCCAUGUCGUUGAUGCCUUGCUCAAGGCUUCACGAUAAAAAGCCUCUGGAACAUGGUCCCUAAUUCAGAGAAUGUUUGGCAGCUAGCAUGACUAGGGGUUGCCCCAUUUAACUUGAAAGCCCUGCCACCAUCUCUUCCGGGGCUAGAAGCCCUCUCAUGAGCCUCUCCCAGCACAAGCUGGAUGUGGUCCCUCCCUUCAGUACCAGCCUGGCAUCCCGUGGGCAUGACCUUAGUGGAGGAGGGAGAGGUGUGCUUCUGUUUUUCUCUUUUCUUUGCUGAUCUUAUUCCGUUGGUUGCUGCCAAGAGAGGAGCUUCACCUCGUGGAGUCUGGAUCACAUCACUUGGUGGCCGGAUUCGUGUCCUGGCCCGAGGCUCCCCCAGAACCUCUCUCCAGGCUUGUCCUGGCAGCCGAGGGAGCCCUUUUCUCCCGUUGCACGGGGACUGGCCCGUGCAAGCACCUAGGCACGGAGCAGGUCUCCUCCAUCUUGACUUGGCUGCACAGGGAACUGCUGGGCGAUCUGUAACCUCUGAGCGUCCUGGUCCACUUCCUCUUCAGGACAGUCCCAAGAGGGCCCCUAGCCAGGACGCUGGUCUGGAAACCUCAGUCCCCUUCUCAAGUCCCACCUUUGCCACUAGGUCAUUAUGUGAGCUAAGUUGUUGUACCUUCUUGGGCCUCAGUUUCCCUUUGUAGGAUACAGGGUUGCACUGAGUCUGUGCAGCAGCUCCUGGAAUUCUGGAAGUGCCGGGGCCACUCAGGGUGAACCCAGCACAUCCUGGGAAAUGCUACCAGUGCUGCGGGCCCUUCCCCCAUUGCCAACGGGGAAGGGUGAUUAAGUAUUAUUAGUGUCUAUUCUUAAAAUGAAGUGGGUUGGAAAAGAAUCAAGCUACUGAUACCAGCGCCUUAUAUGGAAUACAAAAGUUGGAGAAAUACAGCCCUGCUUCUACAGGUAGGGCUGAGCCCCAGUCAGCAGGGGUGGGAGAGGAGGCGAAGGCAGCCAGCUCCCUCUGCAGUUGUGAGGUGGGAAGGCCUGGAAAGGGAGCUGGCACCGCUGGAUUCUCCAGGGCUGCUAGUCAAGCUCCCAACCCGCUGAAAUCCCGGAGGCGAAUGCAUGGCCGGCCUCCCAAAACAGCCUGUCCUCAGCAUCCAGGACUAGGAAAUGGGUCUGUUUUAGGGAAAGAGCAAUAGGGGUGGAUCCCAGCGAGAAGCACAGGCUCGCUGAGGGCCGUCCCUGCCUUUGGCAGCAGUCCUGUCUCCUGCCCUCCCCAGGCCUGCGAGUACUCUCCGGCCUCACCCUUUCCUCAGCUACUACAGCAGUAUUCCCAGGGCGGGGGGCACAGCUCUGACGGCUCCUACGCCUCGCCCACAGCCCAGCUAGACAGAAACCAGGUGGGCCUGUGCAAAAUAAGCUGUUUGGGUUUGAUUCUGGCGGUAGCCCAAAGUGGGCAGCCCCAGAGGCCUGCACUUUUCCAAGUCUCCGUGGCUUUGCCAAAUUCGCCAAGCUUUGCCAUUCACAAGCCGUGCCAGUCUUGCCAAGGGUUUAUCUGUACACAUCCCAGUGGGGUUCCUGGGAGUGAGGUUCUGCCGGAGGGGUCUUGUUCCAAGACAGGAUGGCUGUUUCCCCUGUCUUUAGGGAUAAGUCCCAGGGUGGGAGACCAGAAAGGUGGUUUCCUCCCAAGCCGCUGUGCUCAAGUAUCAAUAAACCAUGAGUUCUGAAACCUGCCUCGAGUCCUGAGUCCUGC